AUGGCUGCCGAGCUCACGCAGCGCUGCAUCGUCUUGGUGCCGUUCCCAGCGCAGGGCCAUGUCACCCCGAUGCUGCACCUGGCGCGCGCCGUCGUGGACCGCGGGCACGGCAACAUCUCGGCCACCGUUGCCGUGCCCGACUUCAUCCACCGCCGCAUGGGCCAGUUCUCCGCCGCCGAGGUCGCCCUCGUGUCCAUACCCAGCGGCGUAGCGGACGACGGCGGCGACGACGAGCCCCCCGGAUCCGGCAGCUUCCUGCACGCCAUGGAGCACUACAUGCCAGCCCAACUGGAGGGCAUGCUGCUGACGGCGCGGCGCGGCGCCGAAGGAGCCCGCCGCGUCUCGUGCCUGCUUGUUGUCGUCGAUCUCCUCGCGUCGUGGGCGAUACCCGUGGCGGCGCGGUGCAGCCUGCCGGUCGUCGGCUUCUGGGUUGGGAUGUUGGCGACAUACCGUACCGUGGCGGUAAUCCCGGAGCUUAUCGGCAAGGGCAUCAUCUCUGAAUCCGGUAACCUACUGCCAGCAGACGGAACCAUGAAAGAUCACAAGAACAUUGGAGAUCUCAACAUAUUGCCAGCAAAGUUAAAACUGAGAUUCAAAGAUCUUCCAUGGCUCCUGGACAGCACGCUUCCUCAAAAGUCAAGAAUCGACUUCUGGCUUCAGGCACUUGAUCGUGCAAAGUGCCUGCCCUGCAUCCUCGUCAACUCCAUCCCCAACGAAGGUGGCAACUCCUCUGAUGACCAGCAUCAGUAUGAUCUGCCACAGGACCAGCAGAUGCUCCAACAAGUUGGUCCCUUAUUGUUCAACGACGACUCCUCAAAGAAGACGACCUCCAUGUGGCUGGCUGACAACACCUGCAUAGAUUGGUUAGACAAGCAGAGCCCUGGUUCAGUGAUUUAUGUUUCGUUCGGGAGCUGGGCUGCACCGAUCCAACCUGACAAGAUCACUGGAUUUGCGCGUGGUUUGGAGGCCUCUGGCCGGCCAUUCCUGUGGGCUCUCAAGAACCACCCGUCGUGGCGAGCUGGCCUCCCGGAUAAUUACGAAGAGAAGGUUUCCGGCCGUGGCAAGAUCGUCUCGUGGGCGCCGCAGGAAGACGUUCUCAAGCAUAGGGCCCUGGGCUGCUAUAUUAUGCACUGUGGCUGGAACUCGGUGCUGGAAGCUGCACGGCAAGGGGUUCGCAUGAUAUGCUACCCUGUCACUGCAGACCAUUUCAUCAACUGUGCCUACAUUGUUAACAUGUGGGAGAUUGGGAUUGAGCUGGCCAGCAGUGACCAGAGUGAUGUGAAAGACUGCAUUGAGAGAGUCAUGGAAGGCAACGAGGGAAAGCAUUUGCAGCAAAAGGUAAAUGAGUUGAGAGAAACAAUCACGGUUGGUGAGGCCAUGGGUGUUGCCAAGAGUAACCUCAACUUAUUCAUGGACAGAAUCAAUAACAUUUAGGUUGAUAAGGGCGUAAAAGAAUAGGGCAAGUAUUAGUAAUACUGACAGAAUGAUCAUGAGAUGGUCCAUCCCUAUUUCCAAUAGUAUCUCUUUUUCUUGAAGUCAAAUUUUAGUUUUAAGUUGAUAGUAAUGCAUUUGCUUCCGAUGUAAUCCAUUUGUGUCGUCCCCAAGAGACCCUUAACGUUGUGAAAUGAAUUGGAAAGACGGUGGGGUAACACAAAUCAAUGUUACCUUUUCUUCAGGUUGCGCU